AGAUCACUUAGUACGUACGUUUAAUACUUAGUAAAUUUAAAUGGGAAAAUUUUCCAGCAACUUGUUUGUCAUAAAGCUUCUGAUCGCGGUCUUUCUACUAAAUGCAUCAGUUCCAGCCUUGGCAAAUAGAAAUUACUAUGGAUCAUCCUACAAUCAUCAUCCACCUCCACCUCCACCUCCACCUCCACCUCCACCUCCGGCUAAGGCAAUAAUGUGUAGAAAUGUAAGUGAAAUAUGUAUAGGUAAUAACGACGCUUAUGAUUGUUGCGAAGGAUUAAGUUGCAUUGGUGGGGAUCCAAACCUUCCUGGUAGUGCUGGUGUAUGCACAUCUGUAGGUCAUCAACAACCUAUACAGGGGACCACACCACCAGCAGAUAAGUGUCGGAAAACUCAUCAAUUUUGUCAGUUUUAUGGUCCUGUAAGUUGUUGUAAGGGAUUGCAUUGCGUGGUUCUUCAAAAUCUUCCUCCUGGUGGAGGAGUCUGCGAGCCCAUAUAACUAAUAACUAAUAACUGUGAGGCGCAAAGCAAU